AUGGGUGGGAAAAAAAGAGUUCAAAAAAAGCCUCAGGCACAAUCUGGGGACGCCGAAAAGGUAACGGAACGGGUUGAAGAGAUGAAGAUAGGGGACAGCGAGCCUGACUGCUCCAAAGGUCUUUAUGGAGUAUGCCCUUUUCACCAGUCUCAAUCAAAGGAAGGGCCCGAGUAUACUGAGAUCUAUGACUUAUUUGACUCCAAAUAUGUCGACAAGGAGGUUUGCGUUCGUGCACGCCUCCACCGCAGUCGGGCUAAGGGCAAGUUGUGUUUCGUCGUUCUGAGAGACAGACAGUAUUUGCUCCAAUGUGUUUUGUCUACCGGAGAACACGUGUCAAAGGCUAUGCUUAAAUUUGUCGGGAGCAUUUCGAAGGAAUCGAUCAUUGACGUUUACGGUGUCAUAAAGUCAGCGCCUGCGGCAGUUGAAGGGUGCUUUCCUGAUAACAUUGAAUUGCACAUCUCCAAGGUGUUCGUCAUAAGUGCCUCUUCACCUGUUCUUCCAUUCCAAAUUGAAGACGCUGUGAGACCCGAUGACGAUGAAGAUAAUUUGAGCCGCGUUAACCAGGACACUCGCCUUGACAAUCGCUUUAUUGACCUCAGAACCCCAACCAACUAUGCUAUUUAUCGCGUAGAGCACGGUGUCGUUCAUCUCUUCAUGGAGUAUCUCGAUAACCAUGGCUUCAUAAUGAUUCACACGCCAAAGAUAAUUGGAGGUGCUUCUGAGGGUGGCGCUAACGUUUUCAAAUUCAAAUACUUUAAUAUGGACGCCUGCCUUGCGCAGUCACCACAAUUGUACAAGCAAAUGGCGAUUGCUUCUGAUUUCGGUCGAGUCUACACUAUUGGUGCUGUAUUCCGCGCCGAGGACUCGAAUACUCAUAGACAUAUGUGUGAAUUUGUCGGUCUUGAUUUGGAAGUUGCCUUCAAGACUCAUUACCACGAAGUUGUUGAUCUCAUCGCUGAUAUGUUUGUCAACAUUUUUAAGGGUCUCCAGCGCGAUUACGCAGUGGAAAUCGAGACCAUCAACAAACAAUACAAAGCAGAGCCCUUUAGAUUUAUUGAGCCAACUUUGAAGCUCGAGUUUGCUGAAGGUAUAAAAAUGCUGAGAGAGGCUGGUUGGGAAGUCGGAGACUAUGACGACUUGAGUACUCCUGCCGAAAAGUUCCUCGGGAAGUUGGUGAAGGAGAAGUAUGGGACGGAUUUUUACAUAUUGGACAAGUUUCCCUUGGCCAUCCGUCCUUUCUACACGAUGCCCGAUCCACAUAAUAAGGUCGUCUCGAAUUCCUACGACUUUUUCAUGCGUGGCGAGGAAAUCAUGUCUGGUGCUCAGCGAAUCCACGACCCCGAUUUCCUUACUGAACGUGCCAAGGCUCACGACAUUGAUGUGAAGACUAUUCAGUCGUACAUCGACUCCUUCCGCUACGGCUGCUCGCCUCAUGCAGGUGGUGGAAUUGGUCUCGAACGCGUUACCAUGCUGUUCUUGGGUCUCGACAAUGUUCGAAAAGUUUCCAUGUUCCCUCGCGAUCCUAAACGCAUCUCGCCUUAA